AUGGCGGCUGCUAUGACGGCGUCGUAUCGUUCUCUUUGCCGCGCUGCGCUUGCAGUUUCAGUAGCAGCGCUUUUGAUCUUGGUGAGCUCUACCACGUCUCCAGUAGAAGCCAGUAACAGAUCAGGGAGGGAUGGGUUCAGCAUAGACCUCAUCUCCCGAGACUCACCUCGCUCCCCCUUCUACAACCCCUCAGAAACUCAUUUCGGGCGCCUCCGCAACGCCCUGCGACGCUCCAUUAAUCGCGCCAAUCGCUUUACCGUCGCAGCUUCAUCACGGGAGGCAGCCACCAGCGGCGGGCUUACCCAGGUCACCGUCAACAACGGAGAAUACCUCCUGAACAUAUCCAUCGGGACUCCGCCCACCGAGAUCCUCGGCAUCGCCGACACCGGCAGCGACCUCAUCUGGACGCAGUGCACCCCGUGCAGCACCUGCUACAAGCAAAAUGCCCCGCUGUUCAACCCCAGGAGAUCCUCCACAUACACUCCAUUGGCCUGCAGUUCCGACGCCUGCACUUCCUUCGACGAGGCCCAGUGCAGCUCCAGCCAGUGCCAGUACCGCGUGCAAUACGGAGACCGUUCGUACUCCGUGGGCAUUCUUUCCACCGACACCGUCACCUUGGGUACCACCGCCGGCCAACCCGUUUUCCUCCCCAGGACGAUAUUCGGGUGCGGGUACGACAACGACGGUACCUUCAACGAGAAUGGGUCGGGAAUCAUCGGCCUGGGAGGCGGCUCCUACUCGGCCAUUUCCCAAAUGGAUUCUCUCAUCGGCGGUAAGUUCUCCUACUGCUUUCUGCCCAUUGGGACAACGGGUUCCAGCAAGAUGAGCUUCGGCGCAGAGGCUGGCGUGACCGGCGCCGGGGCGGUUUCUACACCCAUGGUAUCGAAAUCAUCGAGCACAUUCUAUUACCUAACGUUGGAAGCCAUUAGCGUGGGAGGCCAAAGGGUGGAGUACUUUGGGGGCAGUAGCAGUAAUUCCAGCAAAGCCGUGGCAGAAGGGAACAUUAUCAUAGACUCCGGCACCACUGAGACGAUUCUGCCGGUGGAUUUUUACCAGGAGUUGGAAAAGGCGGUGACAGCGGUGAUUAAUUUAGAACGGGUGCAAGACACGGAGCAAGUGCUGCCUCUUUGCUACCGCACUCGGAGGAACAUCUACGCUCCGGUCAUCAAGGCGCAUUUCACCGGCGCCGACGUGAACUUGAACCCAUUGAACACUUUUGUGAGAACGGCGGAUGAUAUUGUGUGCUUCGCUUUCACCUCCAGUCCUACCAUUGCCAUCUACGGCAACUUGGCCCAGAUGAACUUCUUGGUGGGGUAUGACCUUAAUGCGAGGACUGUGUCCUUCAAACCCACCGACUGCUCCACUUUGUAA